GUCCCACUUCAGAAGACGCGCUCGCACGAAUGUUGCGACCACGUCGAUAAGAAAAACUUCUCCGAACUCCGUCCACUUUCUUCGUUUCUUUCUUUUUGUUUUAUUUUUUUUUACUUCAGUUACCCCCCAAACCGAGUGCUUGGUUUCUUGUGUGGUGCUUGUGAUACCAUCCUCCGAUCCACAACAUCUUCGGGGCCCAAGGAACAGGCUGCGGAGAUUUUUUUGUGCGACGAUCAACGACGGUGACGUCCCCGUUCGUCGACUCCGUACCUGAUCGUGCUCGACGGCAACUCUAUACGUAACGACGACGGUCUUGUUUUGUGCGCUGUGUGGGCCGGCGGCAGCUGGCUCGGCUUAGACGUUCUCGACGACUCGAGCGGCGGACGUAGGAGGCGAGGACUUGCUCGUUUCUAUCAUCCGGACUACUUCGGCGCCUUCCCGCCGUGGACGUACGCAUUCGCUCCUGGUACCCGUAUCGAGGACGUCCAGCUUGCGGGCCACUUAGGUCCCCCCCUCCCACCUCCACGUGCCGUCCACGAAGCAAUCUUUUCCCUCACGCUGCGUUGUCUGUUUGCGGACGGGAUUCUCCGUCAAGCCCGUUCCACCAAAGACCGGACUCGGAACGGAACACAAGCCCCGACUACGACCGAGAGAGAGGACUUGCUUACCCCCUUCUUGGCUUGGACGGCAAAGCGCCGCUGCCUUCGAAAACCGGUGGCGCCGCCGCCGCUCGGUCACGUGACCCGCAACUCGUGAAGUGGCAGCCGGUCUCAGCCGAGAUCCACCUCUGACACUGUGGACUGUGCGUCGGCUGUCCAGUGUCGCCCCGCCAAAAUGUACCACUUGCUCGGCGAAAUCCGGGAUUUUUACAACAAAACCUUGGAGAGCGGAGACUCAAGGGUGCAGGAAUGGCUCUUCAUGCAGAGCCCAUGGCCGACACUGACGAUCUGCCUGUCGUACGCCUACUUUGUCAAGGUGCUGGGCCCAUCCCUCAUGAAGAACCGGGAGCCCAUGCAGUUGCGUUGGGUCAUGGUGGGCUACAACUUCUUCAUGGUUGCCGUCAGCCUGGCCAUAUUUCUUCUGCUUGGCUUCUACGGCUGGUUCGGGCACUACAACUGGAAGUGCCAGCCUGUGGACUACACAGACAGUAGGGAAGCAAUAUUGAUGACCCAUCUUUCCUGGUGGUACUACAUUUCAAAAUUCGUCGAGUUCAUCGACACAAUAUUCUUCGUGCUACGAAAGAAGUUCACCCACAUUUCAACGCUGCACGUCAUCCACCAUGGAAUGAUGCCCAUGAGCGUGUGGUGGGGCGUCAAAUUCACACCAGGUGGCCACAGCACUUUCUUUGCCUUUGUAAACAGCUUCGUGCACAUCCUGAUGUACUUCUACUACGGACUGGCAGCAGUGGGUCCCCACAUGUCCAAGUACCUUUGGUGGAAGCAGCACAUGACAACCAUUCAGAUGGUGCAGUUUAUUGCCAUCUUCGUGCACUCAUUCCAACUCCUGUUCCGGCCCGACUGCAACUACCCUCGCGGCUUCAUGUGGUGGAUCGGCUUCCACGCCAUCAUGUUCUGGUUCCUCUUCUGGGACUUCUACAAGAACACCUACUUCGCCAAGAGGCUCAAGAACGCUGCCACUGGCAAGGGUUUCUCUCGAAGCGUCUCCAACGGUCGCGCCCAAGGUGCCACGCCCGUCGACGCCAACGGCAAGGCCAACGGGAAGCUCAAUGGAGAGGCCAAGAACGGAACCAACGGCUUCGUCAAGCGCACGGCCAACGGCAGGCAAAAGAACGGCAGCUUCCUGGACGGCUAUUGCCACAUCAACGGCCUGCACGACUGGGAGAACAGCGAGCACGACAAGAAGCAGGAGUGAUACGUGCAAAACCCUGCCGCGCACACACAGCUAUUGCCCUCCUCCUCCCAAUUGCCCACCCCCUCUCACCUUAUUGGCUGCAUUCUCCCCCAUUUCUUCACCCUCACAUUCAUAUAUCCUGCUGCUACUGUUUACUACCGUGUCAGAAAAAAAUCAAAAAGCAUCCAAGAAGAGAGAAGUUGGAUGAGGAGGGCUUUUUUAUUUUCUAAGGACACUGGCCGCUUUAGGGACACAAUGGCGUCAGAAAAGUCCCGCAUGCAGCGAUGUUGUGUACCUCUUGUGGCAACAAUAGGUGGCUGUUGCACGCACUCGACCACUACUAUCGCUAUUAUUACUUGUUUUCUAGCAAGUUUACUGUUCACGAGAAUACCGAGUGUUUUCACUUAGUAGAGUGCACGCUUCUUUUAUUUUCUAUGUUGUACCGAAAAAAAAACUACUCUUAACGAGCUGGCAACUUUAGCACUGCUCCCCUGUAUUUCCUCGCCGCCCCACAUCCCAGCCACAACAUUCAAAGCCAUUCCAAGAUGUGUGCCACACCUUUAUUUUGACACCUUAGGUUUGUGUUUUUACAUCACGUCCUAGGUGUUUUCUUGCCUACUUCCCUUCGACGUACUGCACUUAACUCCCUAGACGUUUUUUUUACAUUACCUACUAGGAUUUUUUUUCUUGCACUUGACAGGGAUUCUAGCAGGCCAGUAUACAAGCUAAUGAAUGCGGGCGACUCGCACCUCAAUUGCAGGACCAUGCAAGUUGUGGAAAUAAAGUUAGAACUGUUUUGCAUUGUCUUUAAUGUAGCUUGUAGCUUUCUCGCCUUCGGGUUAACUGUGGUAGGGUAUCUGGAGCCUGUCUGUAGUCUAGUUUUCCAGCCUAUCCACGCAGCUUAAAGAACGCUUCCCGUAGGCUAAGGUGUAGUACUAUAGCAGUCUCCGCACUCAGGAAGCAAAGAGCAGAAGCGAAGCCAGCCUCCCGCCCCCUUCCGUCCCUAUGCCCGCCGAGACACACCUUUGCAGGAAGCCAGAGGGCCACACGUUUUCGGCUGUACGCAUGCGACUCAAACAAAAGUAACAGGGCCUUUGAGAACAACAUCGUGUCAUCUCUGCAACGAGACCCCGCCCGCUCCCCUCCACAAGGUCUCAGUCGUUUCGUCCAUGCCUUCGUUGUGUUUUCUUCGUGGGUGAUGCAACGUGCACGGUGAAAUUUUUUUUGUCUGGUUGCGUACAACUCAUCGGUGCACUCGCUUGUGCGACGACGGAAGAGCAAGUGUCCUUCCUGUUGCUUUUGUCGCUCCCUUCGACGUAUCUGUGCGCGCGGAUGGCAGGAAAAACUCUUUGUGCAGUGCACAGACUUUCCUCGCGCUCUUCAAUAAGAAGACAGACUAUGCGAGCCGAUAGACAACCGAGGAGGAGAGGGGGGCGCAGGUGAGAAAAGCGGCAAGGGGUGCCCUCGAGACAUGUGCCACGCUGCCGGUGCUCCUCUCCGCCGCCCCCAGCCUCUGCAUCGCUUUUCAAGCAGCAAUGUUGCGAGUGUGCACGUGUGUGUUCUUCGUGUUUGGUUUCUCGCCAAAUGGUUCGCAUUUUUUUUUUUCUCUCGAUGCCGACGCACGUACUGCAGAGCCGUUUGCGUCAUCAUCUCGUCGCUGGAAGGACCAAAAGGCGCGACGCUUCGUUGUCGGAAGUCAUCGGAGAACAACCCCCUUUCGCGUGGGACUUUGUCGCUAUCUCCGCAUGCGUCUCCCGCAGUCUCGCUCUCUGCCAAGAAAUGACAGACACGCACGUGGUGUCUCGUGUCUGUGUGUACUUAACAAAGAGACAGAGAGCAUGAUGGGACACUGUGGCAAGGCUUACAAGGCCCUACUAGAGUGCUGUCUAGUGAAGGUAGCCUCUGUGCCUCUCAAAUGUGCCCAUUCUGGAUAUGUUUUUUCUUGCUGCAUACGACUGCGGUCAAUGAAUUGGUUCUUUCUUGCUUUCCCUCCCCUUCCCCCCCCCCCCACCUGUCUGUUUAUUUGUUCAUUCUACCAGUUUGAUUGUGUGUAGCUUCUAGCACUAAUUUUUUUUUGUUACGUGCGUAACACAUUGGCCAGCACACUGAUGCCAUGGCCGGCGCUAACAUUGGAUGGGGAUUUGUGCAACUGCGUAAGUUGUGUGCGUGUAUGUGUGUGUGUGAAAGACUGAUGCUGGCAGGAAAAGAAGCAAGAAAAUAAAUUGGAAAACUCUAAAGGCCUUGCCAGGCUAUACACACAAACACACGUAAAUGGAAAUGGGAGAGAGCGUAGCAGUUUGUCUAUAUAAUAGAUUCAUCUGUUCUUUUUUUCUUUAACAUUAGCAAGUGAAUAGUUUUGUACACAGUGUAAAAAAAAUGAAGCCAAGGCUUGGAGUAACUAUGCAUCACGGUGCAUUCCUGUAUGCAUUCAAAUGAGCGAAACUGCUGCAAUCAAACCUUGGCUGCAACUGUUUUGUCAUUUUAUCCGUUUUGGAGAGAGAACGUGGUGUUGCCAGUGUUGCCAGAUGGACCUCCGAUAAUGUUCUAAGGGUUGGGGUGGGUGGGGGGAGAUAAUAUGCUUGGCCAAAAAGUUUUCUCAGCAGAGUCUGUCGAGCCUUGGGCCUUCUACAACGUUCAAACCUUGUCGGUUUCCAAUUGUAGUCCUGCUGAGACACUCUGUCAUGCAAGAAAAAUGAAGGGCUGCUUAAUCUUUUAUUUCUUAAAGCAGAGUGGUUAUUCACGGCUCUUAGUCAUGGUUAGACCACGACCGUUGGUGUACUUUACAGUGAGGUUUUUUUUGAACAGCUUGCCUACGUACUUGUUUAGGUGAUGCUGUAGUGCAUGGAGUAAAAAAACUGGGGCCCCCUGCUUUGGCAAGCCCUAGGUAUGCAAGGCUGUUACAAAAGCAGAAUGCUGCAAUAGCAAAGCAAGGGGGAGCAGCACUUGGCCAACCUGCUCCUGACCCCCCAAUCCACCCCCAUUUUUUUCUUGAGGGAGAUUAAAACUGUUUUUGAUAAC